GAGAAAUAGAGAGAGAGAAAGAGAGAGAGUGAGAGAAAUAAAAAGAGAGCUGCUGGGGUGCUGCGAACACCUAAUGCUGGUGCAGUUACAACGACCAUGUGAAGCGCGACCACAGGAUGUGCCACCUGGCCGGGCUAAAAACGAAAAAAGAAAUAAAGCCUGAGAGAGGAACUUGAGGUGCUUGUGACACAGACUGUAUAUUUAAGAGCACAGCUCCGGCGCUCGGUUGUUCCGCUCCGUCUCAGUGACUCCGGUUGCCGCUCACACUUUUGGGAGACCCGCCGCCCGAGCUGAAGUGGGUCUCCAUCCCCGGGCCGCGCCGGCUCUGCUCUCCUCACAGUUCCGGACAUGAUGAUGGAGCUCAGCGCUGCCUCGGUGCCACACCACGGCCUUUCGGUAGCUUUUCGGCGCACUCCUGCUGCAGCGACUGCCCGCGUAGCGCUUCGCCUUCGCCUUCACCCGCGCCGCUCCGGCGGACACUGACGCCUCCGGCUCGCCAUGCGGCUGCAGCUGCUCUCCCUCCUUUUCGUCUGGUCCCUGGCGGAACACGCGCCCCGGACGCCGCGCGCCCACCAACAGCCUCUCGACAAACAAUCCAUACCUGGGACCCCCAGGACCAGCUGUUAUGGUGGGUGUCUCACCUGUUCUGACUCCAAUGGCUGCCUAUCAUGCAAACCCCGGUACUUUUUUCUCCUGGACCGUCUUGGGAUGAGACAGGUUGGAAUGUGCCUCCUCUCCUGCCCUAGUGGAUACUACCACAUCCGCUCUCGAGAUAUAAACAAGUGCUCAAAGUGCCAGCUGGAUUGUGACUGUGACUUCACCGGGAACUUCUGCACACGGUGCAGAGCUGGACAUUAUUUAUACCGAGGGAAGUGUCAGGAGAGCUGCCCAGAGGGGCUGAAGCCAAACGACAGGCUGAGGGAGUGCGUGUUUGACUGUGCUGCAGACUGUGACACUUGCCUGGAUGAGGAUACCUGCACAAGAUGCAGACAGGGUCUAUACCUCCUGCAAGGGAAGUGUCAUUCCGCUUGUCCAGAGGAAUUCUUCGCAAAUGAACAGCUCAUGGAGUGCAAACCUCAAGUCCAUUGUGAAGUAGGUGAGUGGGGUAGCUGGAGUCCUUGCUUUCGCGGAGGGAGCACUUGUGGAUUCAAGUUAGGGGAACAGAUAAGGACCCGGGAUGUUCUCCUGGUGACCCCAUCUAACAGCCAUCCUUGCCCUGCUGUCUCAGAGAAGAGGGAUUGUAUUUCCAAGAAGAAGAAAUGCCCAGGACAAUCUGGAGGAAAGCAGAGGGACAGGAAGAACAAGACAGACAGAAAGAUUCGGAGCAGCCGACAAGAGGGGAGUGAGAGGGAGAACGGGAAGCAGAUGAGAGACUGGGCAGAUGCUGUGAACAGGAACAUCACAAAAUCUUGGUAGCAAAGGGGCCAAAACAGAAAUCAGAGGCCAGCAAGGAACACUUGACAGAUAACCUGCAAAAGCAUCAGCAAGAAGCACUACUUGCAGAAAUGCUGCAGUAAAACAUAUUGACUGCUUGCACAUAACUGUGUAUGAGGCAUUGUAACAAGAUACUGUGUCAAUGUCUUUAUAGUUUUUGUUGGCUUUUUAUCAUUUACACUGAGCCUACAUAUAGUAUUGUCUAGUCAUUGUGUGGGUUUUUAAAACAUUGCAUCAAUGUCAUUGUACAGAACAAAAAAUGUAUCUAAAUUGUGAAAAAAGACCAAUCUACAGCAAACCUGAAUGUAACUGUAAAUGUAGUCUUUUUAUGUUUGAAAUCUUAAGAUUCAGAAGUGACAUGAUACAUCAUAUUACUUCCACAUAACAUGUGAAAAAUGUAUAUAUAUAAGAGAGUGAAUACUGUAGUUUCUUGUACUAG